AAUUAAUGGACGAUAAAAAUAAUGCCAAUUGAAGGAUUUUACCGUUUUUAAAUUUACCGCCUUUUACAAUUUGACCUGCUGAUAUUCCGGAUAGAGAGAGAUAAAGCUAUAUUAAUUAAUACUAAGUCGAUUCUGAUGAUAUUCAUUGGUCGUUUACCUCUAGCGUUUUCACUACUUUGAUUUCAUUGAAUAAUAAUUAUUUAUUAAUAAUUUAUAUAUGUUUUUUAUUUAUAUUACAGUGUUAAAGUCUAUUUUGUAGUCAAAAGAAAUGGCUGAGGAAGAAGAAGGGAAGGAGUAUAGAUGGGAGACUGGUUAUGAAAAAACUUGGGAAGCAAUUAAAGAAGAUGACGAUGGACUUGUUGAAGCAUCCGUUGCAGAAAUUAUACAUAAUGCGAAAAGAAAAAGGCAAUUGGAUAGAAAAACCGGUGCCAGAUUAGGAAUGAUGAGACAUUUGUAUAUUAUUCUUGAUACCUCAGAAGCAAUGUCCAAUCAAGAUUUGAAACCAACACGUUUACUAUGUUCCUUGAAGCUUUUAGAGGACUUUGUGGAUGAAUUUUUUUAUCAAAAUCCUAUAAGUCAAGUUGGUUUAAUUAUAACUAAGAAUAAGAGAGCUGAAAAAAUUAGUGAUUUGGCUGGAAAUUCAAAGAAACAUAUUAAGGAAAUAAAAGCUUUGCAGCAAACAGCAUUAGCUGGUGAACCAUCAUUACAAAAUUCUUUAGAAUUAGCUAUAAAAUCGCUUAGGCUGUUACCAUCUCAUGCUAGCAAAGAAAUAAUAAUAAUAACUGGUUCUCUUACUACGUGUGAUCCUGGAGAUAUUACCGAUACAAUACAAUCUAUGAAAUCGGAUGGUAUAAGGUGUAGCGUGAUAGGUUUAGCUGCUGAAUUGUACAUUUGUAAAAAAAUUGCUAUUUUAACUGGUGGAGAACAUGGUGUUGUUUUAGAUGAUAAACAUUUUAAAGAACAGUUAAAUGCCCAUAUAGAUCCACCACCAGCUGCUACUAGAUUAGAUGCAGCACUUGUUAAAAUGGGUUUUCCACAUCAUGCGUUGCAAUCUUCUGGUACUGACACUUCAAUAGCUGUAUGCAUGUGUCACGCAGAAAAUUCAGAUGGAUCGGUCAAAUUAACAAGUACAGGUUUUCUUUGCCCUCAAUGUCUUAGCAAACAUUGUGAACUACCAGUCGAAUGUAGAGCGUGUGGUCUAACUCUAGUUUCUGCUCCACAUUUGGCAAGAUCCUAUCAUUAUUUAUUUCCAGUUGCACCAUUUAAAGAAUCAGAUUAUGAAGACAAAUAUACAAUGUGCUAUGGAUGCCAAAAAAUAUUAUCUCAGAAAGAUAAAAAGAUUUACAUUUGUGAAAAAUGUACGAGAAUAUUUUGUAUAGACUGUGAAAUAUUUAUUCACGAAUCAUUGCACACGUGUCCGGGUUGUGCAACGAAUCAAACAACAUAUCAAAAAUUUACUGAAAAAUAAAUUUAUAUUAAAUAAUUCGUCUCACAUUUGGAAAUAUUUUAUUUUUCCUUGUCAAUUUAGAUCUAUGAACAUAAAGUUUACCUGAUUAAACUAAUAUCACACAUUCUAUCAUCAUUUUUAAACGUCCUUCUUCUCAAUCACAGUUAGAAGAGGAGGCAAUUCAAGUUUAUUAGCAUCUAGACAGGUGGGAGAAGGAGAGAGUCAUAAUAUUACUGUACUUAUUAGUUCACAGUCGUCCUCUGGUGUGACCGGUUCGAGCGGGAUCGACCUAGUCUCGCGAUUUUAUUAAGUGUCAGCUAUCUACUACGUACGCGCGAUUCUAUCUUGAUUUAAUUUUUUCUACAUAUGAAAUAUUGUCUGACCACAUUGUAUCAUUAUUUAAAAGGCAUCCU